AUGCGGAAAGACGGUGACAGCAAAGUUUCGGUUGUAGAUGGCUGCGACAGCGCAAAGGCUGGGAACGAGGGCGCACGUGUUGCCGCUGCAAUGCCGUGGGAUGAUUUGUGUGAGGCGAUUGUCGCCGCGUACAAGGCUGGGCAAGACAUCGUUGUACUGCAACGCUUUGAAGAGCUUCAGGCGAUGCCUGAACUUGACAUUCUCCUUGAGACGCAGCGUCCUGGCGGGACGACAACCGCGACACCCACAAGUACAAAAAUGAAUGGGAACAUCCACGAAGAAAUUGCCGCUGCCGCUACGGCUGCAGGUCAUCCUAUUAACGCGGAUGCGUUGGGAAGAGUGGAAUUCUGUUGGGGACGUGCGCUCCUUGCAGCGAAGAGGCUUGCGGGGGACGAUGAUGAGCACAUCUUUACGAUUGUGGAGGCUUUUGAGCAGCGGUUUGAGCGACCAUCCGAGUAUCUGCGCGUCCUUGCCAUCACCGCGGACAGCGCACUGGAGGUGCUGCGGCUUCAUCAACUCAUGGAGGGAAGUUUCUCUACCAGCGCCGUCAGCGCCGCACUGCACAAGUUUCCUUCUCUUACUGCAAAUGAGACACGUGAAUUGUUAGAAUUCUUGCAAGCGAAUGAUGUUUCACUAACGAAAGAUUUGUCGGAGCAGCUGGAGAGGCAGUUUGUAAUGCGCAUGAAAACAGAAGAUGCAGAAGAUGUCUUUCAGGAGAUGUGUUCUGCCGGCGUUGAACCAAUGUCCACACGCCCAUACAACCUUAUUUUUAUGAAGACGCUUCCGUUUAGGCAUAUGAGUCCCGUUGAAUAUUACCUGGACAUGCUUGAUCGCGGCAUUACGCCGGAGAACUCAACAUUU